AAUGCCACGUGACUUAAUGUCAAAUUUAAAUUCUGUCAACAUUUAUAAUAAUUGGUAUGUUAAUAAUAUAAAAGUGGAACAGGGCAGGUCAAAACUGUAUAUAAAUAUUAAUGUAGGUGAUAUAUGCUUAUUUAGUCCUAAGUGAAAACUUGAGAAAUCUAGAAUGGCUGAUGUGUAUAUAGUCUCAGCUUGCCGAACUCCUAUAGGCAAUUUUCAAGGACAAUUUGACAAAUUUUCUGCAGCUGAAUUAGGAUCUAUAGUAAUUGCAGAGGCUGUAAAAAGAGCAGGUCUACAACCUGAAAAUGUAGAUCAGGUUAUAAUGGGACAGGUAUUGGUCGCAGGCCAAGGACAGAAUCCGGGUAGACAAGCUGCUGUAGGUGCAAAAAUUCCAUACACCACCCCAGCUUAUACAAUAAACAUGCUUUGUGGCUCUGGAUUGAAGGCUGUUGCUCUUGGUUAUCAAGCAAUCAAGUUAGGAGACAAUGAAAUAAUUGUGGCAGGUGGACAAGAAAGUAUGACGCGGGCCGAACAUACUGCUUAUGUUAGGAGUGGAAAAUUUGGAAAUCUCACUUUGGCUGAUACUUUAUUAAAAGACGGAUUACAUGACGCCUUUAACAAAGAUACUCACAUGGGUAAUACAGCUGAACAUUUGAGUAAACUUUACAACAUACCUCGUGAACUUCAAGAUGAAUAUUCUUGUGAAUCGCAAAUCAAAGCCGAAGUAUCCAUAAAACAGGGAUUAUUUGAAAAAGAAAUUGUAGCAGUUCCACAGAAGAGAACGGGGACUUUAAUUACCACAGACGAAUUUCCAAGGUUCGGUACUGCUUUGGAAAAAUUAUCGAAAUUAAAAUCGUGUUUUAUCCCUAACGGAACUGUUACACCAGGAAAUUCUUCGGGAAUAAAUGAUGGUGCUGCAGCGGUGUUAUUAGUUAACGAAAAGCAAUUGAAAGAAAAAGAAUUGACACCGUUAGCGAAAAUUGUCGGUUUUGCCGAAGUCGGAGUUGAUCCUAUGUGUAUGGGAACUGGACCUAUUGGAGCUGUUAAUAAUUUGUUGAAAAAAAUCGGUUGGUCAAAAGAAGACGUCGAUCUAUUCGAACUUAAUGAAGCUUUCGCUGUUCAAAGUUUGGUGGUGAACAACGCUUUGGGUAUAGAUAAGUCUAAAAUUAAUAUAACUGGAGGUGCCAUUGCUUUGGGACAUCCUGUAGGUGCAUCAGGUACAAGAAUACUUGUAACACUGAUCCACAACUUACUUAGAUUGAACAAAAAGAAAGGUAUCGCUAGUUUGUGUAUUGGAGGCGGUAUGGGUAUUGCAAUGGCUAUUGAAUUAUAGACAAAUUUUAUUUAUUUUUGUUGGUUGUAAAAAAAAUAUAUUUUAUACUAAGUGGAGGACAAUAAAUGCAUGUUUUUAUCAAA